AUGUCGGACACUACAGCUGGUAUAGUGGUAGCUGAUUUAGACACAGCUAGUCCUCUAACAGCUGUUGUGAACGCGAAAUCAAAGGAAACCGGCUUUCUUAGGGCUGUUAAAGACUGCGCGAGCGGGACAUUUGGUGGUAUCGUACAAGUUUUCAUCGGACAGCCUUUUGAUACAGUAAAAGUGCGUUUACAAACACAACCAAUUCCAUCACCCGGGCAAAAGCCACUUUAUAAUGGUUUACUUGAUUGUGUAAGAAAAACAAGACAACAAGAAGGUUUCACCGCUUUCUAUAAGGGUACAACAACACCAUUGAUCGGUAUUGGCGCGUGUGUAUCGAUCCAAUUUGUAGUUUUGGAGCAUAUGAAACGUGUUUUUAAUGAAAGAAAUGCGGAUAAAGGUGUAAAAGGAAAUCUGGAACUUUCUUUUAUUCCGUUGAAUAAUCUGCAGUUGUAUUACGCAGGUGCUUUAGCUGGAACUGCGAAUUCCUUUGUAUCGGGGCCAGUUGAGCAUAUUCGUACUCGUUUACAAGUGCAAAUAAAAUCAGCACCGACAACGACUUUAUCACAUAAUACUCUUCCAUUCUUUCGAGGACCAAUCGAUUGCUUUCGAUAUCUUUACAAGUCGUAUGGAAUUCGUGGCAUCUAUAAAGGCCAAGGAAUCACAAUGAUACGUGAAUUUCAUGGAUAUGGCAUAUAUUUUCUCAUUUAUGAAUAUCUUACUCAACGCGCGAUGCUUAGAGAAGGGAAAAUGAGAAAUGAAUUGGAAGGAUGGAAGUCUUGUUUGUUUGGUGCCGCUGCAGGAUAUGGUAUGUGGAUAACAUCAUAUCCAAUUGAUGUGAUAAAGAGCAAAAUCCAGACAGACUUCUUAUCACCCGGCACAAGACAUUAUAAAAGCGCAUUGGAUUGUGCACAAAAAAUACUUGCUACUGAGGGACUAGCCGGAUUCUUCCGUGGAUUUGGCGCGUGUAUGUUGCGUGCUGGUCCAGUGAAUGCUGGAACAUUUGUCGCGUUCGAGUUUGCAAUGCGAGCUUUGAAUAAAUUGUAG